UUCUUAAAUUCAUACCCUCAUGUCCCGACAACAGUUAGCGACAAUCCCCGCUUUGACAUUCUACAAAGAUGAAUUGACGAAAUCGCGUCGGACCGCUCCGAUACAGCAGCUUACGUGUGUGGGGAAACCGUGUAAACUGUACACGCCCGACGUCGUGCGCUGCACCAAUCUAGGAGGAACCGGUACAGAUGUUGACUGGAAGUGUGUGGCGGACUUGCCGGAAUCUUUGCGGUUCGGUAGAGUGGAAGUUUCUUGUGAAGGGUGGUCAGGGCCAGGGGAUCCUUUUGUCCUGAAAGGAUCUUGUGGAUUAGAAUAUCGCCUUGUUCAGAUUCCAAGUUCUCUGAGAAACCCAGACUUGCAGAGUGGCACGACAAAUUGGUUUCGUUCUCUCGAUGUUUCCGAGAUUGUGUUCGGCCUUCUCUGGAUCACUGUAUUUGCCCUGAUAGCAUACAGUUUUCUGAAAUCAUGUUUUAGUCGUUCAACUACCAACCGCCGGCCACAAAACCCCAGCGACAGACGGGGCCCCUCUGGAUGGUUUCCAGGGAGCUACGGUGACGAUUAUACACCACCACCUCCCUACACAAAGAACUCUACAGAUCAAGGCUGGAGGCCAGGGUUUUGGACUGGAGCGGCUCUGGGUGGUUUAGGUGCUCACCUCUUUAAUAAUCGCCGUCCAAGAGACGUCCCUCUGCCCCCUCCAACAAGACGGUUCUGGGACUGGGAAAAUAGUCGGGGAUCUGGCGUUUUCGGGAGAAGGCGAACAAGUUACGAACCCGAAGACCGUGGCGAGGGACCAUCGAACUUGGGUGCGAUGAGAUCUAGUACGGGGCUUGGUGGUUCCAAUGUCAGAUGAAAGAGGGUGAGUAUGAUGCCCGUCGGUCUAGUACUAGCUCUAAUCCCUUUUUCCAAGACCGAAGACUGUACCGUACAUC